AUUUUAGCGCCACCGCUCGUGAGCCGUCCGAAGGUGGCCGUGGCGAGUCAAAAUGCCGCACUUCCGGGGGGUAAGCCGCGAGAUAUGAACUUCGAAUGUUUCUCGAGAUUUAAAUAGAGGUUGCCGACCGUUCAAGUUCAAUUGUCCACGAUGAACGCUAAUUAUUCUCCGCAAAAUUAUACUUCGGAUUACAAACGAAACGAACGACAAGAAAUGUUAAUCGCCCCACCAUUAGACUUAUCCUUUAAAAAGGCCACUACUCUGGACGAAUUGAUGGAGAAACGUGGGCAAGUAAUACGCACUGGAAAAGCUCCAGUAAGAACGUUAAAGGAUCGUUAUGUAACUAGUACGUUGUGGCUAAGCAACAAUCUACUGAGUUCGAUGGAAGGUCUCCAACGUCUCGCGGAGAGAGUUCUCGAUGAUCCUGCGUAUCUCAGUUGGUUGGAUUUGUCUUUCAACGAGAUAAAAGAGAUUGGGGAAGACGUAGAGAAAUUUACAAACUUGAAAAUUCUCUACUUGCAUGGCAAUAAGAUCACAAAUAUCGCGGACUCUCUGAAGCUUAGGAAAUUACAGAAUCUCAGAUCGCUGACGUUACACGGUAAUCCGAUUGAAGACGUUCCUUGCUACAGGGGUUACAUCGUACAUCUUCUCCCACAGUUACUCGUCUUGGAUUUUUCGCCGGUGAUUGCCGCUGAAAAGAAAAAAGCUCUGCCCGUAGGAUUUUUUAAGAUGAUACAACCUGGGAUAUGAAUAUAAAAUUUUAUUCUUAUAUCGUUGCAUGCUUCUUUUAAUAUACAAUUUUCCUUAAUGUUUUUAUUUCCGCGUACACACACCUUCCUUUUAACAUUAUACCAUAUUACUCAUUACUUGAGGUAUGACGGCUUUACAAAACGCAA